AUGUCUCGAUUCUUCCACGCAGGCGACAGCUCCAGCGAGAGCAGCAGCGACGAGGAGGAGUUGUAUUCUGAUGGGGAGCAGGAGGAACAGGAAGAAUCUUCCGAGGAGGAGAGCGAGGAUGAGGAUGCAUCCGACGACGAUUCCAGCAGCGACGAUGAGGGCGGCCGAACCGGUGCCAGCCGUUUCUUGCGCGAGGCGUCCGACGAGUCUGAGGAGAGCGAUGAAGACAAGGUCACAGUGGUCAAGUCCGCAAAGGACAAGCGCUUCGAUGAACUGGAGGGCAUUAUUCGGUUGAUCGAGAAUGGCCUCAAGAUUAGCGACUGGAACAAUAUCAACGAGCACUACGACAAGAUGAACAGGCAGUUGCCUACACUGAUCCGUGACUUGGACGGAAAGGCGCCAAAGAUGUACAUCCAGACCGUGUCCGACCUGGAGAACCAGGUGCAGGAUGCGUUUGAGAAGCAGAAGGUGACCCCCAAGAAGAUGAACCCAAUCGCACAAAGAGGUCUCAAUGCUCUGCGCCAGAAGAUCAGGAAGAACAACCGCGACUACGCUACCGAGAUUGAGGAGUACCGAAAGAACCCUGACGAGUUCAUGAAGGAGGACAUUGUGGAAGAGGUCGCAGCGCCAAAGGUCAAGAAAUCCAAGGCGUUGGUGCAGAACGCCAGCCAGAUCGAUGCAGAUGACGAUGGCUUCACCAUGGUUGGCGCUGGUGGCAAGGCUAUGGUCUACACCCCGGAAAGCAUCCUCAAGCAUCUCCGACAGAUUGUGGAGUCCAGAGGAAGGAAGAACACAGAUCGUCUGGAGCAGAUCAAAAUUAUGGAGAAGCUUUUGGAGGUCGCAGUCAGCGAAUAUCAGCGCAUCCGAGUUCUCCUCACCUUGAUCGCUACCCGCUUCGAUCUGACCUCUGGAACUGGUUCGCAAAUGUCUCAGGAGCAAUGGAAGUUGGCAUCGCAGGAGCUUGCUCAGCUUCUUGGUGUGCUCGAAUCGAACCGCAACAUUGUUGUGAUCGAGAAUGCUGAGGAGUGGGAAGACGAUGAGAAGCAGCCCACCAUCACUCCAAAGGAGAUCUACAAAGUCCCUGGCAGUGUAGUCUCCUUCGUAGAGCGCCUCGACGAUGAGCUGACCCGAGUGCUGCAACACGUCGACCCACACACCAGCGAAUACGUUGAACGACUAACGGAUGAGGGCAUUCUCUACACCAAUAUCGUCCGCACACAGAUCUACGCCGAGAGACUGAAGGCCGAGCCAAAGCUUGAGUUCUCACAAGAGAGCAUCAACCGCGUUGUCCAGCGUCGCCUGGAACACAUCUACUUCAAGCCAUCCCAAGUGGUCAGCAUCUUGGAGCAGAACACCUGGAAAGACAUCUCGCCGAAGCUUGAUUCCACCAUUACUCCCCGAGCGCAAGGCGAGGAUAUCCCGAACCUGGUCUCGACCCUCUCCGUCUACCUCUUCAAGCACGCCGAAGGUAUCAUCAAGGGCCGAGCUAUGCUUUGCCAUAUCUACUUCCUCGCGCUCCAUGACAACUACUACAAGGCUCGUGACAUGAUGCUCAUGUCCCAUCUGCAGGAGACUAUCGGUAGCUUCGAUGUCAAUACCCAGAUCCUCUACAACCGCACGCUCACCCAAGUCGGUCUUUGCGCCUUCCGUGCCGGCCUCGUCUACGAGUGCCAGACUGCUCUGCAAGACAUAUGCGGCAGUCAGAGACAGAAGGAGCUCCUCGCACAAGGUCUGCAAAUGCAGCGCUACUCGCAGAUAACGCCUGAGCAAGAGCGUCUCGAGAGACAGCGCCAGCUGCCAUUCCACAUGCACAUCAACCUCGAGCUGCUGGAGUGCGUGUACCUGACAUGCUCCAUGCUGUUGGAAAUACCAACUCUCGCCCAGUCCGGUAGUUCACCCGACCUGAAGAAGCGCGUUAUCUCGAAGUCCUAUCGCCGUAUGCUCGAGUACCAUGAACGCCAAAUCUUCACUGGUCCUCCAGAAAACACUCGCGACCAUGUCAUGCAGGCAUCGAAGGCUCUCGCUGCUGGUGAGUGGAAGAAGGCUGCCGAGUUCAUCACUAGCAUCAAGAUUUGGGAUCUACUGCCAAAGGCAGAGGAGAUCAAGCAAAUGCUCGAAGUCCAGAUCCAGGAGGAAGGUCUUCGAACAUACCUCUUUACAUACGCUCCCUUCUAUGACACGCUAUCGAUCGACAACCUCGCUGGCAUGUUCGACCUCGAGCCAAGAAAAGUCGCUGCCAUUGUCAGCAAGAUGAUCCACCACGAGGAUCUCGCAGCCGCUCUCGACCAGAUCAACAGCGCCAUCAUUUUCCGCAAGGGUGUUGAGCUCAGCAGAUUGCAGAGUUUGGCGCUUACUCUCUCCGAUAAAGCACAGAAUCUCAUCGAGUCGAACGAGAGAGUGCUCGAGCAGCGAACGCAGGGCACUGCUAAUGCCUUUGACCGGCAAGGCGCUCAGCGUGGUGGUCGUGGCGGCGGCAGAGGUGGUCGUGGCGGUCGCGGAGGAGGCGGCGGUGGUGCUCCUCGGAGAGGUGGAGGACAAGGCUUCACUGGGGGUGCGCUCGGAAAUGCGAUCCGAGCGCAGUAGGGUGUUGGAGCAUACUGCAUAUCGGCGUUGGUUCGGAUGAAAGCGAAUGGCACAGGGUUGCAUGGCAUGUGUCUGUGCACGAUGUCACGGGCAUGAUUCAGUGCUAGAUCAGAUGCGAUGCACUAAAUGAAAGAUUCCAUACUCGUG